AUGGCAAGAGGCAGUGCUGUCCCUGUGGCUCUUGGUUUCACUCUUCUUGUUUGUUCAGCGCUUGUGUCUGCUGAAACCCAUGUUGUUGGAGAUUCCAAGGGCUGGGGCUUCUCCGUGUCAUACGACAGCUGGUCCGGUGGAAAGACUUUCGCAGCUGGUGACACGCUUGUUUUCAACUACCAGGCCGGCGUGCACAACGCGGUAGCCGUGAGCGCAUCAGAGUACCGGAGCUGCAAAGUGCGCAGCGCGGCGGACGCGGCGGCGACGACGUCCGGCACCGCCAGGUUUAACCUCAAGAAAGGCGCGAACUACUUCAUCUGCGGCGUCCCCGGCCACUGCGCCGCCGGGAUGAAGCUCAGAGUUGUCGCCAAUUGA